AAAAAUUCUUCCCCCCCCCCUCCCCCCUUCAUCGCCCCUUCCUCUUAGUCACACUCAUCCCUCCAUUGGAUCAUCAAUCAGUGCUUCAACCUGAUCGGUCGGAGAGUGACUCCUCUGGUUCACAAUAGUCUCACUGUUACUAUCUACAGACUACAGUACUGUGAAUCGACUGUUGACUGUUGACUGUCCAUUAUACCUCUAACAGGAGCAUCGCAUUAUUCUCUCGCCGCCGGUCGCUACAGGACUGACUCUCGGCUUUCCCAUCUUACUCGGGCGCGAUCUAUCCUCCAUCUAUCAUGCAUUUGACCCCAUUAUAGAACUUACCAACAUCUAGCGCUACUGUCACCCUUUCCCCACUCCUUUCUCCCCUUCCAUUCUUGAUCAGCACAUCUUCGCAACUAUCAUGGCUUCCAAAGGCGCGGUCCUGCCUUUGCUGAGGCGCGAAAUCCGACCCUCGUCCCUGCGCCUACCCAAGGCUUCCGCCUCCCUAUCAUCUCUCGCAACCUCCGCGCGAUCCUCGAACCGCCCCCUGUCAGCCUCCUAUCGCAAGGCGACUCGGCCGCGGGCGCUGUUUACCCCCAUUCAGACCCGCGCCUUUUCACAAUCGGUAACCAGACGAUUCACCGACGCCGAUGGCAAUUUCGAUCCGCGACAGCUGGACCGAGAAUCGGAUGAGGUAGACGUUUGCAUUGUUGGUGGCGGCCCGGCUGGUCUCGCCGCCGCCAUCCGCUUAAAACAAUUGGCCAACGACGCCGGCAAUGAGGAAUUUCGCGUCAUCCUGUUGGAAAAGGCCGGUGAAUUGGGCGCUCACGUUCUGUCAGGCAAUGUUCUGGAACCGACCGCGUUGAACGAGUUGUUGCCCGAUUGGCUCUCGGAGGACAACCCAUCCCGCUUCGAGGGAGCGACGCCGGCGAAGGCGGAUAAGAUGCGCUUCUUGACUCAGAACUCGUCCUUCCCCAUUCCCGCGCCGCCGCAGAUGAACAACCAUGGCAACUACAUCAUCAGCUUAAACGAGCUCACGAAAUGGUUGGGGGAGCGGGCAGAGGAGCUUGGCGUCGAGAUCUACCCCGGAUUUGCUGCCAGUGAGGUGGUUUAUAAGCCCGAUGGCUCUGUUCUUGGUGUCGCAACCAACGAUCUUGGUAUCGGUCGCGACGGGAAAGCGAAGGAUAGUUUUGAGCGGGGUAUGGAAUUCCAUGCGCGGGUCACUUUGCUGGCUGAGGGCUGUCACGGAAGCUUGACCAAACAGGUGACCAAGAAGUUCGACCUUCGUCGCGACAGCCAGCCGCAAACAUAUGGUAUUGGACUGAAGGAGAUUUGGGAGAUCCAGCCGGAGAAGUUCAAGUCCGGAGAGAUCACGCAUUCAAUGGGCUAUCCCCUUCCCUCGGAUACCUAUGGUGGAGCCUGGAUGUAUCACUUCGGCGACAACAUGGUCAGCAUCGGCUUGGUGGUAGGUCUGGACUACCCGAAUCCUUGGUUGUCGCCCUACGGUGAGUUUCAGAAACUCAAGCAUCACCCUCUCUUCAAAGAAGUCUUGGAGGGUGGGAAGUGCAUUUCUUACGGCGCAAGAGCCCUCAACGAGGGGGGCUUCCAAUCCAUUCCAAAAUGCGCUUUCCCCGGUGGCGCCUUAAUCGGUGACAGCGCCGGAUUUCUGAACGUCCCCAAGAUCAAGGGAACCCACACCGCCAUGAAGUCUGCCAUGCUAGCUGCCGAGUCUACCUUCGCAGCUCUGCAGGGUAAUCCUGACGGCAGCGUGUUCCUUUUCGACUAUGAGGAGGCUUUGCGCAAGUCGUCGAUCUGGAAGGAGCUGUACGAGGUGCGCAACAUGCGGCCCUCUUUCAGCACGCCGCUCGGUCUUUAUGGUGGAAUCCUUUACUCUGGUCUUGAAGCGUACCUCCUCAAGGGUCGGACACCCUGGACGCUCAAGCACCACACUACUGAUGCCGCGGCCACCAAGUUGGCCUCCCAAUGCAACAAGAUCGAGUACCCCAAGCCAGACGGCGUGAUCAGCUUCGAUAUCCUCACCAGCGUCAGCCGAACAGGAACGAACCACGAGGAGGACCAGCCGGUCCACUUGCAAGUGGAGGACUGGGACAAGCAUACGGACAUUGCCUGGCCCAAGUACCAGGGUGUGGAGAACCGGUUCUGCCCGGCCGGUGUCUACGAGUAUGUGGAGGACGCCAGCAAGCCGCAUGGCGUUCGCUUCCAGAUCAAUGCUCAGAAUUGCAUUCACUGCAAGACGUGCGACAUCAAGGUUCCCACGCAGGACAUCAACUGGCAGACGCCGCAGGGUGGGGAGGGACCUAAGUAUUUUAUGACUUGAUUUACAUACCAGAUGUAUUGUAACAAAAGUAGCGGAUUGAUCGGAUGAUGAGAAUCUAUGUACAUACAUCCUUCGGCGUCAAACCUCCAUGAUACCGCCUCAUUUUCAAC